AUGGUUGACAAGGCCAUCAGCAUUGCUAUCAUAAUCAUUCUCAUCAUUGUCAUGGUGUCCUUGGGCUGUACCAUGGAGCUCUCCAAAAUAAAAGCCCACUUCCUCAAGCCCAAAGGGGUGGUAAUUGCCAUCGUGGCUCAGUACGGCAUCAUGCCCCUCACGGCAUUUUCGAUGGCAAAGGCAUUCCAGCUGCGGCCCAAGGAGGUUGUGGCUGUUCUCAUCUGCGGUUGCUGCCCAGGAGGGAACCUCUCCAACAUCUUUGCCUUGGCUUCCCAGGGUGAUAUGAACCUCAGUAUAGUGAUGACCACUUGCUCCACUGUCCUAGCAUUGGGCAUGAUGCCUCUGAUGCUCUACCUCUACUGCCAAGGUUUCUCCAACCUGGGAGACGCCAUACCGUAUGGGCGUAUCAUCAUAGCCCUCUUAAUGACCCUGGUCUUCUGUGCCAUUGGCAUGUACAUCAACCACCGGGUGCCACAGUACUCCAAAACUGUCGCUAAGGUCGGGAUGACUAUUGCAGUUGUCACAUAUGUGACCAUUGGGAUUUUGGCUGGUGCAACGGCUGGAGAUGCCAUCUUCAAGGCAACAUCAUCUAAGCUCCUAGCUAUAUCAGCGCUGAUGCCACUGAUCGGAUACACACUGGGAUACGUCCUGUCCACCCUGUUUAAGCUAAACGGGUCUUCCAAGAGGACCAUAAGCAUGGAGACAGGAUGCCAGAACCUCCAACUCUGCAUCACAAUCCUUAAAGUAGCAUUUCGCCCUGAGGACAUCGGGAUGCUUUACCUCUUCCCUGUCAUCCAGAUUAUGUUCCAGAUUAUUGAAGCCCUGGUUUUUGUGUUUCUCUUCCGAUGUCACCAGAGAUUCAGGAAAUCAAGUAAAGGUAUUUGA